GCAGAGUGCGUGCGGCACGUGACGUCAGGGACCCGGAAGGAAGUUUGCUCCAGUGUUGUCAUAGCAGCUCCGCGGGUAAAGAGACGAAAAAACCCUCUCUGCAGCCGCUGCUCUUUGUUUAUUUGUUUUUGUUUGUGGUCUCUGAGUGUCGCCAUCAUGAAUGUGACGCUCGCGGUGAAGCAGUACAUCUCCAAGAUGAUCGAGAUCAGCGGGCCCGGGAUGAAGGUGCUGCUCAUGGACAAGGAGACGACCAGUAUAGUGAGCGUGGUGUACACUCAGUCUGAGAUCCUGCAGAAGGAGGUUUACCUGUUUGAGCGGAUUGACUCUCAGAACAGGGAUAACAUGAAGCACCUUAAAGCCAUCUGCUUCUUGCGGCCCACCAAGGAGAACGUGGAGCACCUGAUCCAGGAGCUGAGGAGGCCCAAGUACAGUGGGCGGAGCUGGGAACCCUCCAUGUUGGCACGCUGCACUCAGGGACUGACCUCCGUCCUGCUUGCUCUGAAGAAAUGUCCGAUGAUCCGCUACCAGCUGUCCUCAGACAUGUCCAAGCGGCUCGCGGAGAGCGUCAAGCAAAUCAUCACGAAGGAGUACGAGCUGUUUGACUUCAGGAAGACUGAAGUUCCUCCUCUGCUGCUGAUCCUGGACCGCAGCGACGAUGCCAUCACGCCGCUGCUCAAUCAGUGGACCUACCAGGCGAUGGUCCACGAGCUGCUCGGCCUCAACAACAACAGGAUCGACCUGUCCAGAGUCCCCGGGGUCAGCAAAGACCUGAGAGAGGUGGUCCUGUCAGCGGAGAACGACGAGUUCUACGCCAACAACCUGUACCUGAACUUUGGAGAGAUUGGCACCAACAUAAAGAACCUGAUGGAGGAUUUCCAAAAGAAAAAGCCAAAGGAACAGCAGAAGCUGGAGUCCAUCUCAGACAUGAAGGUCAGGCAGGGCUCAGCUUGUUUACUGAUACAAGUUUAAAGGUUUUACUACGUGAACUUUGACCCCAGCGCUGGAGAUGUGAGUUCCUCU